CGGAGGGCGGCGGCAGCAGCAGCGCUGGCGCUGGGGACCGGCUCGGUGUCUUCGGGAGACAGUUGGGCGACGGCGGCCGCUAGCGCUACUCAGCAGCCCGCCCUCGGCACGGCUCGCAGCCCCCUCGCCGCCGGCGUCCGGCAAUGUGUCCCACCGGCCGGGCGUAGCCGCUGCGCGUGCGCGGAACCGCGGGGCCAUGAGCGGAGCCGGCGGACCGGGCUGCGGGUCCCCGGUGCCUCUGCGAGCGCCAUGGAGCCUGCUGGCGGCGACGGCCGCGCUCUGCCUGGUGGCGGCCACGUCCGUGUGGACGGCGGGGGCCGCGGCCAUGAGUAGGGAGGAGAAGCAGAAGCUUGGGAAUCAAGUACUGGAAAUGUUUGAUCAUGCAUUUGGUAACUAUAUGGAACAUGCUUACCCAGCUGAUGAACUCAUGCCUUUAACCUGUAGAGGUCGCGUUAGAGGUCAGGAGCCAAGUCGGGGUGACGUUGAUGAUGCAUUGGGAAAAUUUUCCCUAACACUGAUUGAUUCUUUGGACACUCUUGUGGUCUUAAAUAAAACUAAAGAAUUUGAAGAUGCAGUGAGGAAAGUUUUAAGAGAUGUAAAUUUAGAUAAUGAUGUAGUCGUAUCAGUCUUUGAAACAAACAUCAGAGUUCUUGGGGGUCUCUUGGGUGGACACUCGUUGGCAAUCAUGCUGAAAGAAAAAGGCGAGUACAUGCAGUGGUACAAUGAUGAGCUUCUCCAAAUGGCAAAGCAGUUGGGUUACAAACUUUUACCAGCUUUCAAUACUACCAGUGGCCUUCCUUAUCCAAGAAUUAAUUUAAAGUUUGGUAUCAGAAAACCAGAAGCUCGGACAGGAACUGAGACAGAUACCUGUACAGCUUGUGCUGGCACCUUGAUCCUUGAAUUUGCUGCUUUAAGUCGAUUCACAGGAGCAACUAUAUUUGAGGAAUAUGCAAGAAAAGCUCUUGAUUUUCUUUGGGAAAAAAGACAACGAAGUAGUAAUUUAGUGGGCGUGACUAUAAAUAUUCAUACUGGAGAUUGGGUACGAAAAGAUAGUGGAGUUGGAGCAGGGAUUGAUUCAUACUAUGAAUAUUUAUUGAAAGCCUAUGUCUUGCUUGGAGAUGACAGUUUUCUGGAAAGAUUUAAUACGCACUACGAUGCCAUCAUGCGGUACAUCAGCCAGCCGCCUCUCCUACUGGACGUCCAUAUCCAUAAGCCAAUGCUGAAUGCUAGGACUUGGAUGGAUGCUUUGCUUGCCUUUUUCCCAGGUUUACAGGUCUUAAAGGGGGAUAUUAGACCUGCUAUUGAAACUCAUGAAAUGUUAUAUCAGGUGAUUAAAAAACACAAUUUUCUACCAGAGGCAUUUACCACAGAUUUCAGGGUACAUUGGGCUCAACAUCCUUUAAGGCCAGAAUUUGCAGAAAGUACCUACUUCUUGUAUAAAGCUACAGGAGAUCCUUAUUACCUUGAAGUAGGGAAAACACUUAUUGAAAAUCUAAAUAAAUAUGCUCGAGUGCCUUGUGGAUUUGCUGCCAUGAAGGAUGUUCGUACUGGAAGUCACGAGGACAGAAUGGAUUCUUUCUUCUUGGCCGAAAUGUUUAAAUAUCUUUAUCUAUUAUUUGCGGAUAAAGAGGACAUUAUUUUUGAUAUAGAAGAUUACAUUUUUACAACAGAAGCCCAUCUGUUACCUCUUUGGCUCUCUACUACAAAUCAAAGCAUCACUAAGAAGAACACAACUUCAGAAUAUACAGAACUGGAUGACAGUAAUUUUGAUUGGACUUGUCCAAAUACUCAGAUUCUCUUUCCUAAUGAUCCACUGUAUGCUCAGAGUAUUCGUGAACCCUUGAAAAAUGUGGUGGAUAAGAGCUGUCCCAGAGGCAUCAUCAGAGUAGAGGAGAGUUUGAGGAGUGGAGCUAAACCCCCUCUGAGAGCCAGAGAUUUCAUGGCCACUAACCCUGAGCAUUUAGAAAUCCUGAAGAAGAUGGGGGUGAGUUUGAUUCACCUCAAAGAUGGGAGAGUCCAGUUGGUCCAACAUGCAAUUCAAGCUGCUAGUUCAAUUGAUGCUGAAGAUGGGUUGAGGUUCAUGCAGGAGAUGAUUGAAUUGUCAAGUCAGCAACAAAAAGAACAGCAGCUGCCUCCACGAGCUGUACAGAUUGUUUCCCACCCAUUUUUUGGCAGGGUAGUAUUGACUGCUGGACCAGCUCAAUUUGGGCUGGAUCUGUCAAAACACAAAGAGACAAGAGGAUUUGUUGCAAGCAGUAAACCAUACAAUGGUUGUUCAGAGCUUACUAACCCUGAGGCGGUCAUGGGGAAAAUUGCUUUGAUACAAAGAGGACAGUGCAUGUUUGCAGAAAAGGCAAGAAACAUCCAGAAUGCUGGAGCCAUUGGUGGCAUUGUUAUUGAUGACAAUGAGGGGAGCAGCAGUGACACUGCUCCUCUGUUCCAGAUGGCAGGUGAUGGGAAGGACACAGAUGACAUCAAGAUUCCCAUGCUCUUCUUAUUCAGUAAAGAAGGAAGUAUCAUACUAGAUGCCAUCCGAGAGUAUGAAGAGGUAGAAGUGCUCCUUUCUGAUAAAGCAAAAGAUCGAGAUCCUGAAUUGGAAAGUGAAGAACAAUCAGCCUCUGAAAAUGAUUCCCAGAAUCAGAGUGCUGAACAGAUUACCCCAAGUUCUCAGGAGGUUGAUUUGGUUGAUUUGGUUGAUCAAGCUGAUCAGGAGUCUCCUGAGGAAAGUUCCCUAAACUCUCAUCCAGAAUCAUCAUCCCCAACAGAAACAGACAAUGCUGCAAGUGGUCUUCCUUCCGAACAGAAUUCUAAUCCCACAGAAAACCCUGAGACUACAGAUCUUGAUGGUGAAUGUACAGAUUUAGAUAACCAACUUCAAGAACAAUCGGAUACCGAGGAGGAUUCCAAUCCUAAUGUUAGCUGGGGUAAAAAAGUCCAGCCUAUAGACUCCAUAUUAGCGGACUGGAAUGAAGAUAUAGAAGCUUUUGAAAUGAUGGAUAAGGAUGAACUAUGACUUACUAGAGAAUCUGCUGGUAGGUAUUUAAAAAGAAAGGUAAACUGUGGUUAAUAGACACCCUAAUGCUAAGCAGGCUCUCUAAUGGGAGGCUUUAAGUAUGGUGAGGAGUAACCACGUUCUGACUGGGAUAGUAAUCAGAGAUCCAGAACUUGCUGCAUUAGAAUUAACAUUAUUUAAAACUGUCCUAUCCAAAAUGGAAGGUCACAAUUCCCCCCUCAAAUGACAGCAUUGCACCACCCUGCAGCACCUCAGACCAGGAAAAGAUUAAACUGGGCAUUCCUAGGAACCAAAUUUGUGCAGUCUCUGGAUAGAUGAGAAACAAAUUCAGUGAUUACUGAGGUGAGGAAGAGGAAUUUGUAUAGCGUUCUAAUUAAAGGAAGCUGGGUUUUCAUGUGGGGGCAUUCUGGUGAUGCUGCCUUCACAGAAGUACUUGAAGUGACAAGUGUUAUGAAGCAAAUGCAUUCAUGGUGGAAACAGUCUUUGCUCAUCUUGCUUCAUGGUGUAACAAAUGAUCAUGAUGACUUGACCCUCUUACCAGUGUCCUUUUCACUUAAACCAAAGGUGAAGUCAUUGUACUUUCUCAGUGAGUUCUCUGCCUAAAGACUAAUCAUUGGAAUCAGGUAAAAAGGUCAUAUAAUUUAUUGUGGAAAUUGGUCACUGAAUACUUUUCAGAAAUGAGACAAAGAAACUAAUGUUGCAAUACAAACUUCCCAUUGGCCCUUCCUUAGGGAAGCUGUGACUACUCUGAAAUGGAACUUAACGUUGUAUCCUUGUAGGGUAAAUUAUAAAUUUUUUCCAGUUCUUUUCUCUUAGAGGUGAUUAUCUCUAGCCAUCAGCCUUACUCCAUCCCAUGUUUAGUGUGCAGUUUGAGCCACAAGGCCUGUACCACGAAUAGCUGAAUACAUUUUGUUCCAUUUUUCUAUCUUAAGAGCUAUGAUAAAACUGUGGUGGUGAUCUAACAAUCCUGGAUGACUACUAUUUUUUUCCUCCUUUGAAAAUAUGAUUUUUAAAAUUGCACCUGAAGAGUCUGCCACAUUUUUUGUUGAAUCAUGGUUUUUUAGGUUUGCUUGGAAAAAAAAAAACACAAACUCUCAUAUGGACCUGAAAUUUAGUCGGUGGUAACCCAGGUAAAGAAUUUACACAGUAACAACUAAUAAAUAGCCAUAUAACUUAAUGAUGAAAAUUUUCCCUUUUUAUGUGGCUGUCUGAUGGUGCCACAAAAAAGUUUGAAAAACUUUGUUGAUAUCUGUACACAGCCCUGUAGUUGAAAUUAUGCCUCUGUACUGAUUUUAUUUAUUUUUUAAACUUAACUGAAUCAGUUCUAAAGGAAUAUUUGUGAGACUUAAUUUCCUUUCUCUUUACCAUCACAUUAUAUAAAAACCUCCUAAAACACAGUUUUGAGGUACUGAUGAAUUUAAACUGUAUAUGGAAUUAUUAAAAGAACAGCAUUGCUGUGUUGUAGUUAUGUAUAUUCAUGUACAGUAUGUCUUAGAUCCCAGGUAAACAUAUUCUUUUGUAUAAGGGGAUAAAUAGCUGCUUUCAAAAAUUCCAGCUAAACUUAAUUGAAUCAGUGAGUAAUAAGCCUAAUAGAUAAUUCAUUUUGGGAGGGGGGAGGGAAAGGUUAGUAAACAAGAUCUUUAUUGGCCCUUAAUUAAACCUGACACAAAAAUAGAUAUUUUUAUUCUCUCUGCAUGUGAAAUUUGGUGUAAGAAGAUAGAAUUAUAAUAAUACAGUAUAUGGAAGGAUAGACAUAGUGCUUUGUUCAUCUUAAUUACAAAGCUGCCAAAAUAGCUGAAGCUUAAUUACUUGACUUGCCUUGAUUUAUAGGACUGGGGCAUGGAGAAAAGGAGCAGGUGUUCCUUUAAGACUUUGAUUACAGAAGCCUUAUAUACAUUGAUUUGAUUUUGUAUUUGUAGCUCACAGCCAUUGUUGUCUGUAUCUAACUUUUCUAAGUUAUCAAAACAACAAUUUUUUUUUUCUGGCAAAGAGAUCUUGUAGCAUACAAGGAAAAGCCAGCUUACUGCCACUCUCCCUGUCUUUGACCAUUAGGGGGAGUUGUUGCCAUUCAUUGAGGUCUAGCAGUAAAUCGUUCACUUGUUUAGAGAAGUGAAUCUUAAAAAAAAAAGAAAAAAAAUUAACGAACUCUACUUAACACCCAGAAGGAAUUAUACUUGAUUUUUCUCCAGUUAACAAAAGAAGGUGGAAUGUUCAGCUUCAAAACUCUGACUUGUAAUUAACUGCAUUCUUAUUCAAUAUACUGCCAUGAAGUUGUUUUUCAGUUCAUUAAAAAAAUUUUAACGGCAUUAGGGUUUUUUUUUCCCAUAUUUUGUUUUAAAAUACUUUUAUAGACAUUUUAUUUACUUCCUAAUGAUUCAGGGGAUUCUGUGAGACCCUGAAUUUUAGAAACAUCUGGUCUACCUCAGUUAAAUGUUGCCUGCAUAGAAAUAGAGUUGAAGUGAUCACCACAGCCAUAAAAUUGUUUGACAAAGGAUUUAUACAAUGUUUACAAACCUGGAAUCAAGUAAGGAUUUUAUCGAAAGUUAAAAGUUAGAUAUCAGAACAAGUAUUUAAUUCAGGUAUUUUCAAGUUUAAAAAAAUUGUUUACCUACUAAAAAUAGCUAUAGUUUUUUUCUGCUUAUCAAAGUCCAUUGAAACCACAUACCCUAAUUUACAAUACUUUUCCCAUAAAGUUUUAAGAAGGAAUUGUAAUUUACUACACAUGUUUGGGAUGGGAUAUUUUCUUGGAGAGGGUUUUUUUUUUUUUUUCCCCCAACCUAUUGACUUCCAACAAGAAUAUAAUUGUUUCAGAACAAAUUUUUUGGCAUUAUACUUUUUCUUUUUUCUUCACAGUGUUAGAGUAAAAUGAAAAAUUUGCACUCUCUGAUUUUAACUUGUCUAAUUACGGUUGAGAAUUUUUUUUUUAUUUAAAUUAUCACAGCCCUUUUGAUAGUAAAACCAGCAUUUGUUCUCUAACCAGACCCCAUGCCAAAUUCAUCAUAAACAAAGCUCAGCAUAAGUAAUUCAAAUAGUGCUUAUAAUUUUAGGGGGGAGUGGGAAUUUAGUAAAUAUUCCAUCUGGUCGUUUUAUGCACAAGGCUUCAGUCAGAACAUAGAAAAAAAACAUUCUGUGAAUGAAAUAUUGUAUGUUCAGAUUUUAUAAAAGACAUUUUUAAAAGCCCAAUUUACAGCCGUAUAUUUUCUUAUGAUGUAAUUUAUGAAAAAGAUGUCUGUACUAACAGGUGCUGUAACACUACUGUUGUUGGAUUUUAUUGUUUGGUGAUAAAUGUAUGCAAUAUUUCUAAGGGAAACUAUGUACUGUGAUGUAAAAGUGUGGGCAAAUGUAUAUAAUCCUUGUAUAUAAUUGUGUAUUUGAUUACAAUUACUGAUUGUAAAGAUUUAAUAAAAUAUGUAAAUA